AUGGAAACAUUGAGUGACUCGGUGUCGAAAGUCACACUGGAUGAAGUCGAUACCAAAACAACUGAAAAUGAUGAACAAGUUCAUACCAAAGCAAUUGAGAAUGAUGAACCAGCUUCUUCAAACAGAGAAAAUCAUAGACCUAUAGUUAGCCACUACAUACAUAAGGAGUUGAAGAUAUAUGGUGCCAUAAACGCCUCGGAGGGUAUCAGUUAUGUAAAUUUAAUUCGUCAAAUUGAUGCAGCCGUUAGUAAAAAGUAUUCCGAGUCAGAGAUAAUUUGGGCUGUGAUUAAAUCUGUACAUCCGUCUCAGCAAUUGAGGGGAAAGCAGUAUUAUGAGCCAACUCCCCAAGUUAUUGCUGAACAAAGGGGUUAUGAUGAUGAUUACAAUGCUGAACACAAAGACAAAGAGACUGGUAUAGAACCAGAACAGGUUCCAGAGGACACAACACUAGAUAACCCUGUUGAGGAAGUUUUAGACCUGCCUGUAGUACCAGAAUCGCCAACAACUUCAGUUAGCGAUGAUGGAAUACGCCGAUCAAGUCGUAAUCGCCAACCACCCGCUCGACUUACAUACGACAUGGAUGGUAACACUAGUGAAUGGCGAACAUCACCAUGUUUAAUCACUGGAAUACCUGAAUGGAGGCCAGUACCAAUGAUUCAUUAUGUUGGAAAUUUUGGUCCUAGAUAUCUGAAUUAUGGUCCAGAAUAUCUGAAUCAUGGUGCAAGAUUAAACCAACCACCUAUAGGUUACCACAUGCCAAGUGUCCUACCUACUGUACUAGACUCUUAUAGACUAUUAAGUGAAGUUAGUUUGAAAUAG